CCUGGUGCUUGCAACGAGGUGGGGAAGACGUAAAAGAUGCAAAUGUCCUCCAACAAACGCCAACGUACGUUUUCGGCUUCGCGAUUAUCACUUCCAUCUCAAUCGACGACAUCGACAUCGGUAUCACUAGAACCUGAACCCAUGUAUAAGUCUAGUCGCACCGCAGAUGAGGCAACGGGGGAUCGUCGUUUGCUCUGCACUCUGCCCCCGACGUGUAAUCCGCCGCAUAACCGCCCGACACCGAUUGCAAACUCGAGAGAUCUGGAGCUGCAUUAUGGAAAAUAUCACUGCGCAAAAUGCCAUGAUCCACUUGCUGCUGUUCGAAAAGAUAGGGGGGAUAAAAUUUUUGCUUGUCAUCUUACGCCAAAAGCACGUCGAUUACAUCUUAUCCAAACACACUCAUACCCAAAAGAGUACUUUUUCGCUGUAACAAACAAAGGACUCGAAGAUGAUGAAAUGGUCAUAGAUGAGGAUGAAGAAGAAGAUAGCGAUGAAGGAGAAACUGAAGAGUCAAGCAGUGGUGACGAACAAAAUGGAGAAGCAACACCAAAAAUACGUCACCAUCAAGAGCUUGAGGAAAUACCCACACGAACUGCUAUCUCACCACGGCGAGGAAAUGGCGCAGUGCAGACUGCAGCUGACCAUGACAUAGACAAAUUGGCAAAUUCGAUAAACUCUCUAUCUUUGGUCCCACCAUCCAUACGGUUCGGAAGAGGUGGAAAGAAUGGGGGAUUUGUCCAUCCAGAGAUGCACAACCCGCAGGUUAGCAAAUUUAAUCCUCACACGUUCGGUCCAAGAGGUGGUAGAGGGAGAGCGAGGAUAGCAACCGCGGUUCAUCCCCGAGCUGGAUCCCAUAAUGUACAGAUUGGUGCGCCUCACCCCUCCGCAGAGGUUGAUGUACAGCCUGGGAUAGGGCCUGUAUCGAGAGGUGUGUCCCCUCGCGGAAGAGCGGGGGUCAUUCAUGUCAGGGGAGGUUUCAGAGGCCGUGGUCGCGGGUCUUAGAGGGGGGGAAGUGCUGAUAUUGGCAGAUACCACUGGGACCGAUUCUGAUGAAAAUAACGUGCACGUGUAUUCCAAGCAAUGUACAUCACCUCUUUUGUUUGAUCGUCCAUCAUUUUAUAAGGCUGUGAGUGAAGGGACUGCUUCCGGGCAGUUUUCAACGAGCGACAAUGAUAAUAAAAUAUGAUAGAGUAGCUUGCAUUUCUUGCCUUUCCAAUUGUCCUUCUAACCAGUUGCUAAUCGUGUGGCUAGUCAAGAGACUGAUUU